AUGGAAAAAGAGAACCCUGCAAAUGAAGUCAAGUUCCUCAACGGCAUGACAUUAGAAGAGUGUCUUCCUCCAAACCUUAAUAUUUUUUUUUUGUUUUUGGUUCCUAUAUGCCUGAUAAGGCAUUUGUUGACUCCGAACUUCACCUGCCAGUCAACCGCCGGUGAUGAAUUCUUAUCAGAAAAGACGUACAUAUUGAUGCUGUUGAUAUUAGUUGUGUUUUGUUUCUUGUCUACAAACUACUUGUUGAACAAGAGGCACAAACAACCUUUCAUUGUGCUGAUGAUCAACACUGAAGUGAAAGAAGUUAAUAUUGAUGACCCACAAACUGCUGAAGAAAUUGAACAAAUGAGACAAAAAUUAAAUUUUUACCAAAGCACUAGAGCUCCUAAAAAACUUCUAAAAUUAAUAAAUUCUAAAGAGAAUGCACGUCAGAUAAAAAGCAAACCAUCUGCCACACUUGUCGAUGGCUUGAAGAAACACAGCAGUCCAGUUGGAGACAUCAUACUUUCAGUAACAGAUGCAGACUACGUCAGUUUCGCAUUAAAUUUUUAUUACCUCUCAAUUGUCAGAAACAAAAUUCAAAACUUUUUGUUCGUUUGUUUGGACAAGCAAUCAUAUGAAACAUUAACAAAAUUGGACAUUCCUGCUUCGAUGCAUUCAUUGUCUUUCAUCUUGAAAAAUGAUUUUAUGUCCAGCGACUUUGGUAAACUUGGUUACAUUUACAAAACGAACCUAAAAACUGCUGUGAUGGUUCAGGCUUUGAGUUUAGGCUACUCUGUUUUAAUGUGUGACGUUGACGUUAUUAUGUUCAAAAACCCUUUUACAUUUUUCACGUGUAGCAAUUGCAGCAUCCACAUUCAGAAAGACAGACAAAUGUACAACAGUGGUUUUGUUUACGCCAAACCAACCAAAACAAGUAAAUAUAUUUAUGAAAAAUCAUGGAAUUUGUUCGUCAAAUAUCAAAAAUCACACGAUCAAUCCUACCUUAACAUGGCAAUUCAUCAGUUAGCAGAAAAGGAAAAUGUUUUUGACGCUCUGAAAGUUCUUUCCAGGAGAGAAUUCCCAUGUGGUUUGUAUUAUUUUGAAGAAGUUCACAGGCCGUUCAAGAACGAACCUCCAUGCGUGGAAUGUGCCAUCAUGCACAACAACUAUUUAGGCAGUGUCGCCGCCAAACUUUACAGAUUAAAGGAAAACCAUUUCUGGAUUAUUGAUUCAAAAGGAUAUUACUCCGAUCCUAAUGCCAAGUACAUCACAUACGAUAAUCCAGUACAUUUUGAAAAAAUUCGAACAAUGGACAUUGAAAUUUCUAGUCUUAAAAGUGCUCUUGCGAUCGCGUCUGUUUUGAAUAGAAUAUUGAUUUUGCCGCCAUUUCAUUGUUGCAAUUGCCAUCCGGACAACAAAUGCAGUCAUCCGAAAUAUAGAUGCUCACUCUUGUCCAUGCUACGAAUUUCUAAAUUCGAUCAAUACUUCAAAUUAAAAUAUCGAGAACAUUCAUUUUUGGAUCAUCCUCUGGUUCCAGACGCCGUGAAAUCAUCCGUCAGUCCUGAAUUGCUCAUCAACCAUUCUACCUACAGGAAAAAAUUUGGAAUUUCCUCAGAACACUUUUUAAACCCGAAGAAUGCAGAAAAGGGAGCUUCACUUGAAGAAGUCGAAACUUGGUUGACGAAUUACUCCAACUACUCUGUAAUAAAAUUGCAUUCACUUUACGGCGCGUCAUCCUUCCAACAUCACACGGACAACAGAUAUACCAGGCUAGAAAAUAUUUUUGCAGAUGCUUUUGAAUGCACAGAAUAUGAACAAUGGGAGAAAAAUUUUUUAGCCUUCAAGUGA